AUGGCUUUCUCCAUUGAUCUCACAAGAGUGAUGAGUAAACGAUCACCAUUUUCAAGUUGGUCUGAUUUUGGAAUCUUUUUGUUAACUUUGAUCGGGAUCGCUCCUCCUUUAACUGUACAAUGCUGGUACUGUCAUCAAACAAGCUACUUACUAGAAGACGGACAAGAAACGUACGAAAGAUGGCAUUGUAAAGUUUGCGACAGCGACAAUUUGUUGGACGAAACUGGAACGAUCAUUGACCAAGUAGAUGCCAUGUUUGCCGAACAACCAAAAAUGAGGUCCUGUCGUCCAGCUAAAAACCCAAUAUCCAGUAAAGACAUUGGACCAAAUAUCAAAUUACCAAUCCAAAAGGGAAAAAUUUGCGACCAAUGUAUGCAGGCAAUAAGUGAAAACGACCUUAUUAUGAAAAACUAUAUUCCCGAUGAAUCAGACCCACUUUACAAAUCCAAUUGCUAUUACUCUGACGCACUUCAUACCGGACUUGUCAAUGGUACUCCACUUUGUAGAAACUGCGAUGAGCUUGUCAGAGAAACAAUCGGGACGAGCAAAGAAAAAGACUGGCAGCCUUGGAGGAGCGAUAUGAUGAUAAAGCUUCAAACGGCAGUGCCCAACCAACCAACCGCAAAAAAAUAUUUUUCUUUGGCAACCGGGUGGACUAUAAUGCACGCAAUUUCAAUCAUGAUCUGUCUCUACAUUUUUAUCUUUAUGCCGUUCGAUACUGACAAAACACAAAAGACUUUCCUUGAAAAGGUUCAAAUGGACAUGAACAAGAUUUCGGACAUCUUGCAAACAUUCUUUGAAGACUUUGUCAAACCCUCAAAAGAAGAGUUUUGGGGAGAUUACUUGGCUGAUAUGUUUAAAAAAUGCAUUAGGUGGAUUGGUAAUCAAAUACUCAGCAGUAUGCAAUACACAAAACAUGCAUCCUUGUGUACUCUUACUGUACCCAUCGCGUUCCUAUCGAAUUCGUGUUAUAACCCAUCGACACAUAAUCCAUUCAUGCUGGUAGUGGCGUCUUAUCUGCUUACAAAAAAUAUUGUCUGGCAUGUCUUCAUUACCGGAACGAACAUUAUGGACAUGCGAGAUGUUAAAUAUUGGAAAGUUUAUGUCGGCUAUCACAACAUUCUAUUUUAUCUACGACUACUCUCGCCACUUAUUGCUCGAUAUUGUAGUCCUACGAUCAUCCGAGCCAUUACAGGAUCAAUGAUACUCUCCUUUCCACUUGCUGUUUAUCUUUCAAUUCAUUUUGUUGUCUAUUCUUUGCCAAAGGAUAUAUUAUUUAAUCCUGUUGGUGGAAAACCAGUUCCAUUUACCAUCACACCCGAGAAACGCGAGAUGCUGUUAGGCAGAGAAGAUCAAUCUUUUGAAAUGACGGAUGAUAUGAGAGCACAAAUAAGAGCAGACUUGGGCGCUAUCGACCCUCCACAACCCAAGCCAGAUCCUGAUUUUAAGAAAUACCAAUUUGAAGACGAAGAUUACAACCUCUCUCCCAGAUCACUUAAUGAACGCCAACAUCACCUAAUGACAAGAGGUUACAAUACUAACUAUGAAAAGACUUUAUAUAGGCUUGAGAGUAUGCAACUCUGA